UUGAGUGGAUGAUUCUAGCUACCAUCAUUGCCAACUGCAUUGUCCUGGCUCUGGAGCAACAUCUGCCUGAUGGGGACAAGACCCCACUGUCUGAACGACUGGAUGAUACAGAGCCGUACUUCAUAGGGAUCUUCUGCUUUGAGUCCGGAAUAAAGAUUCUGGCACUUGGUUUCGCCUUCCACAAGAACUCCUACCUGAGGAACGGAUGGAAUGUCAUGGACUUUGUGGUGGUGCUCACGGGGAUCCUGUCCACUGUGGGUUCUGAUUUCGACUUGCGGACCCUCAGGGCUGUUCGAGUAUUAAGGCCCCUCAAACUGGUGUCUGGUAUUCCUAGCUUACAGGUAGUCCUCAAGUCUAUCAUGAAGGCCAUGAUCCCUCUGCUGCAAAUUGGCCUGCUUCUUUUCUUUGCCAUCCUCAUGUUCGCCAUCAUUGGCCUGGAGUUCUACAUGGGCAAAUUCCAUACAACCUGCUUUGACAAUCACACAGGUGAGAUCCGAGAAGAAUUUCCAUGUGGAACAGAGCCUCCGUCACGUUUGUGUCCAGACGGCACCACGUGUAGAGAGUACUGGUUGGGACCAAACUAUGGCAUCACCCAGUUUGACAACAUCCUGUUUGCUAUUCUCACCGUCUUCCAGUGUAUCACCAUGGAGGGCUGGACCGACCUGCUCUACUAUAGCAACGAUGCCUCAGGGAGUGCAUGGAACUGGAUGUACUUCAUCCCCCUCAUCAUCAUCGGCUCCUUCUUCAUGCUAAACCUGGUGCUGGGUGUGUUGUCAGGUGAGUUUGCCAAAGAGAGAGAGCGUGUGGAGAACAGGAGUGAGUUCUUGAAGCUCAGAAGACAGCAGCAGAUUGAAAGGGAGCUCAAUGGUUAUUUGGAGUGGAUCUGCAAAGCUGAAGAGGUCAUCUUGGCUGAUGAUGAAAAUGAAAAUGAUUAUGAUGGCUCACGCAGGAGAGCCACAAAGAAUCAUAAGAGCAAAGCUGAGCUUCUAAACCCAGAGGAAGGGGAGGGGGAUCUGGCAGUAGGGUCACCAUUUGCACGUGCAAGCUUGAAGAGCUCCAAGCUCGAAGGGUCAACUUUCAAGAGGCGGGAGCGACGGUUUCGCUUCUUAAUCCGACACAUUGUUAAGUCGCAGGCCUUCUACUGGACCGUACUGUGUUUGGUGGGCCUCAACACAUUGUGUGUGGCAGUAGUGCACUACGACCAGCCAGAACCCCUGUCGGAUUUUCUGAAUUUUGCUGAAUUCAUCUUCCUGGGGAUAUUCUUGACGGAGAUGUUUGUGAAGAUGUAUGGCCUGGGCAGGCAGGCCUACCUCAACUCCUCCUUCAACUGCUUUGACUGCAUUGUCAUAUGUGGUAGUAUAUUUGAAGUGCUGUGGUCCAUCAUCCAGCCGGGCACAUCGUUUGGCAUCAGUGUGCUGCGAGCUCUCAGGUUAUUGAGGAUCUUCAAAGUCACCAAGUACUGGGCCUCUUUGCGUAACCUUGUUGUGUCUCUGCUCAACUCCAUGAAGUCCAUCAUCAGCUUGCUUUUCCUGCUCUUCCUCUUCAUAGUUGUCUUUGCCCUGCUGGGCAUGCAGCUCUUCGGAGGACAGUUUAAUUUUGAAAAUGGCACUCCUCCGACCAACUUCGAUACCUUCCCCGCAGCAAUAAUGACAGUGUUCCAGAUCCUGACCGGCGAGGACUGGAACAUGGUGAUGUACGAUGGCAUCAAAUCUCAGGGAGGAGUCAACAAGGGCAUGGCCUUCUCUGUCUUCUUCAUCGUGCUCACACUUUUUGGCAACUACACUCUGCUCAAUGUGUUCUUGGCUAUCGCUGUGGACAAUUUGGCCAAUGCACAGGAACUGACCAAGGAUGAACAGGAGGAAGAGGAGGCUGCCAGUCAGAAGAUUGCCCUGCAGAAAGCCAAGGAGGUGGCUGAAGUCAGCCCACUGUCUGCUGCCAACCUCUCCAUUGCAGCCAACAAAGUACACAGUGAGUGUCACAACGCUUCCGACCCCUUUCUGGACUGUAAGGAGCAGCAGAAGAACCACAAUAAGGGAGUCAAUAAGUCGGUAUGGGAACAACGCACCAAGGAGCUGAGGAGGCAGACUCUGGUAUCCAGCCGAGAGGCCCUUUAUAAUGAGCUGGACCCUGAUGACCGCUGGAAGGCAAGGACAGGGAGGGAGGAGCACAACAAUGUGAACUAUUCACGUCACAUCCGUCCUGACAUGAAGACCCACCUGGAUCGACCCCUGGUGGUUGACCCGCAUGAGAACCGCAACAACAACACCAACAAGACAACUGCAAACAAUUCAGACCUUUGUUUCAGCCAGCACCAUCCUGCUGAUGAGCUCCACAGACAAACACAACUCCACGAACAUGGUGGCCAAGCGGGAGGGGGCUCAGGUCCAAUCAGGCCUCCUUUGGAGCGUGGUGAGUCCACAGAGAGCAGGCGGAGCCGUAAAGGUGAGCACCACCACCACACUUCGCACGUCCGUUUGGAUGCUACAGUGAUCCCCGGGCCAGGCUCAGAGGAAAGGCCGUCCAGACGCCAUCACCACACGCGGAGUGGCAGCCGAGGUGGAGGGCAGUCAGAGCACAGGAAGCCCCGGUCACACCGAAAAUGUGCAGAAGAAGGUGAGGAUGGCGGAGGAGGAGCUGGAAAAACAGGGAGACAUAAGAGCAAAGGGGUUGACGGAAGUGGAGAAGGGGGAGAGCAGGAGGGAGCUGGUGACGGCAGUGAGAGGAGGCCAAGAAGAAAUCGCCAUGGCAACCAAGAAGAGGGGAAGAGGAUGUGCCAGCACAGAAGGAAGGAUUGCAGUGUCCCUAAUCUCUCCACUACACGACCCAUCCAGAAGAGCCUCUCCAGGCAGGACAGCCAGUACAGUGAAGACAUGGACAACCUUAUGAAUACCAAACUGGUCUCUGGCUCUACCCCACCCAGCGAGGUUCACCCAAAUCCAGUUACCAACCACACUGUGACCCCUGGCUUUGGAUCUGCCCUCCAUCUUGCUAACAGUGGCACUCAUGGGAGUUUGGUCACAUUAGAUAGCUAUGGAAGCAUCGCACAUCACCGUGCCAACAGUGUCAUCAGGCUGCCUCACCCUGACUACACAGCUGUAGACAUUCCAAUUUUUCCAUCCACUAAUGCCAUACUACAGGUCAAUAAGAAUGCCAACACAGAGCCCCUGCCAGCAAAGGAAGAUAAGGAUGAUGACGAUGAUGAGAAGGGAGGUGAAGGAGGACCCAGGCCCAUGCCUCCCUUCAGCUCCAUGUUCAUCCUGUCCACCACCAAUCCGUUUCGGCGUGCGUGUCACUACAUUUGCACCCUGCGUUAUUUUGAGAUGUGUAUCCUACUGGUCAUUGCCAUGAGCAGUAUUGCCCUGGCUGCUGAAGACCCUGUCUGGCCUGAAUCCCCUCGCAACAAUGUGCUGCGUUAUUUCGACUAUGUGUUCACAGGAGUGUUCACGUUUGAGAUGCUGAUAAAGAUGGUGGAUCUGGGUUUGGUCUUGCACCAGGGCUCUUAUUUCAGGGACUUGUGGAACAUCCUUGACUUUAUAGUGGUUAGUGGUGCUCUGGUGGCCUUCGCCUUCACGGGGAGCAGUAAGGGAAAAGACAUCAGCACCAUCAAGUCUCUGAGGGUGCUGCGAGUGCUACGACCUCUGAAGACUAUUAAACGUCUUCCUAAACUCAAGGCUGUGUUUGACUGUGUGGUGAACUCUCUGAAGAAUGUGCUCAACAUUCUGAUUGUCUACUUACUCUUCAUGUUCAUCUUUGCUGUGGUGGCUGUGCAGCUCUUCAAAGGACGUUUCUUUUACUGCACUGAUGAAUCCAAAGAGUUCGAGCGUGACUGCAGGGGCGAGUAUCUGGUGUACGAACGUGAUAAUGAAGUGAAGGCGCAGAAGCGGGAGUGGAAGAAGUACGAUUUCCACUACGACAAUGUGGCUUGGGCCCUUCUCACCCUCUUCACGGUGUCUACUGGAGAGGGGUGGCCGCAGGUGCUGAAGCAUUCAGUGGAUGCGACUUACGAGAAUCAGGGUCCGAGCCCAGGGUACCGGAUGGAGAUGUCCAUCUUUUACGUGGUGUACUUCGUGGUCUUCCCCUUCUUCUUCGUCAACAUCUUUGUGGCUCUCAUCAUCAUCACCUUCCAGGAGCAAGGGGACAAGAUGAUGGAAGACUAUAGUUUGGAAAAGAAUGAGAGAGCCUGUAUAGACUUUGCCAUCAACACCAGGCCCCUGACACGCCACAUGCCUCAGAACAAGCUGAGCUUUCAGUACAAAAUGUGGGAGUUUGUGGUGUCACCGCCAUUUGAGUACACUAUCAUGGCAAUGAUCGCACUCAAUACGAUUGUGCUGAUGAUGAAGUAUGACGGAGCUUCUUCUACCUAUGAAGAUGUGUUAGGUAACCUGAACAUAGUGUUUACCUCGCUCUUCUCCAUGGAGUGUGUACUCAAGAUCAUCGCCUUUGGAGUGCUGAAUUAUUUCAAAGAUUCCUGGAAUAUUUUUGACUGUGUGACAGUUCUGGGUAGCAUUACUGACAUCCUGGUUACCGAGCUUGGGAUGAAUAAUUUCAUCAACCUAAGUUUCCUGAGGCUGUUCAGGGCAGCUCGACUCAUCAAACUGCUAAGGCAGGGAGAAACCAUCCGCAUCUUGCUCUGGACCUUCGUUCAGUCCUUCAAGGCACUGCCUUAUGUCUGCCUCCUCAUUGCCAUGCUGUUCUUCAUUUAUGCCAUCAUUGGAAUGCAGCUGUUUGGGAAUAUUGCUAUUGAAGAGGAUGGAGACAGUGCCAUCAACCAGCACAACAACUUCAGGACCUUCAUACAGGCACUCAUGCUUCUCUUCAGGAGUGCAACAGGAGAGGCGUGGCACGAGAUCAUGCUGGCAUGUCUGGGGGGUAAGGACUGUGACCCCCUGUCAGGGAAUACAGACCCAGAAUGUGGCAGCCAGGUUGCCUACCUCUACUUCGUCUCCUUCAUCUUCUUCUGUUCAUUCUUGAUGCUGAAUCUGUUUGUAGCAGUCAUCAUGGACAACUUUGAGUACCUGACCAGGGAUUCAUCCAUACUGGGACCUCACCAUCUGGAUGAGUAUGUCAGGAUAUGGGCCGAGUAUGAUCCUGCUGCCUGCGGGCGCAUUCAUUAUAAGGACAUGUACAGUUUAUUACGAGUUAUCGACCCGCCUCUCGGCUUAGGCAAGAAAUGCCCCCAUAGGGUGGCCUGCAAGAGACUGCUCCGUAUGGACCUGCCUGUGGCUGAUGACAACACCGUCCAUUUCAACUCCACCCUCAUGGCCUUGAUCCGCACGGCACUCGACAUCAAGAUCGCCAAGGGUGGUAUUGACAAGCACCAGAUGGAUGCAGAGCUGAGGAAAGAGAUGAUGGCGAUCUGGCCCAACCUGUCUCAGAAGACUCUGGAUUUGCUGGUUACACCACACAAGUCAGCAACAGACCUGACGGUGGGAAAAAUCUACGCUGCCAUGAUGAUCAUGGAGUACUACAGGCAGAGCAAGAUCAAGCGCUCACAGGCUCUCCGUGAUGAGCAGAAUCGAACGCCAUUACUGUUUCAGCGCGUGGAGCCGCCUUCCCCCGCCCAGGAUGGGGGUCCGGGACUUAACAACGCCCUCCCUCCACCUGAGACAACUGAGACUGUCAACAGCCUACCGGUGGAGGGGGGCAUCCCAGAGAGCCAUUCAUGGGUUACAGCUCGUGCUCAGGAGAUGUCCCAGAAGGUCGGCAGCUGGAGUCCUGAGGGACAUCCUGAGGACGGCCUGGGAAGCAUGACCAACUCUCAGACGGUAGAGAUGAGAGAGAUGGGGCAGGAUGGUUACUCGGAUACUGAGCACUUUCCACCAAUGGAAGGCCAUGGCAGGGCCGCUUCCAUGCCCCGCCUCCCAGGCGACAACCAAACCAUCAAUGACAGCAGUCCCAUGAAACGUUCAGCCUCGUCAUUGGGCCACAGCAGGUCUGGCCGUGGCCACAGAGACAGAGGAGGGGUGGAUGACUACAACAUGGACCGUGUAAUACCUGAGGAGGGGAGAACUACCAGACACGGACAUCGGCGAAAAGACCGGGGUCAUCGGGCAUCUGAGAGGUCCCUCUGUCGGUACACAGAGGCUGACACAGGCCUAGGCACAGACCUGAGCACAACCACCCAAUCAGGCGACCUCGCAUCCAAAGACAAGGAUCGUGACAGAGAUCGUGGCCGGUCCAAAGACCGUAAGCACCACCACCACCAUCACCACCACCAUGGCUCUGUGGACAAGGAGCGCUAUGUAGCAGAGCGUGGUGACGGGUAUGGACAUAGGCACUCCCGCGACAGAGAGCACGACCGGGAGAAGGAGAGAGAACGGGACCGACGCUGGUCGCGAUCGCCCAGCGAGGGUCGCGAGUGCAUGACGCACAGACAGGGCAGUAGUUCGGUCAGCGGAAGUCCUGUUCCCUCAACCUCUGGGACCAGUACGCCACGUCGAGGCCGUCGACAGUUGCCUCAGACCCCUGCAACACCCCGGCCCCAUGUAACCUACUCCCCAGUAGUCCGUAAGGCCAUGCCCACACCACCUGGGGGGCCGCAAGGCCGACCCCCAGCCCCAGCCCCUCGUCGCUUUUCUCCUGAGCCUCCACAAGGCCAGGGCCCUCCCCCCACUGGCCUCCCACUGGCCCACCAUGGCACACCCCGCCCGGGUCAUCACCCCCCACCUCGCUGGGGAGACACAGGUGGAGGAGGCAACUCUAUUGAAGGGGAUGGCUGCUUCUACAACCAGGAGUAUCAGGACUAUGAGCCCCACCAUGAACCACCUGCCUAUGAGCAAAGCCACAUGCAGGGCAGCAACCCCCAUCCCCAUGCUCUGACCAGCCACCCGCUGCCUCCUCCUCCUCAACCGCAGCCACAUAAUCCCCAUCCCCUUCCUCCACCACAGCCCCACCCUGUAAACAACCCCCACCCUCAUCCACCACCUCACCCACAGCCCAGUCGCACCUCACCCAGGACUGCCCACCAUGCACCGCCACCCACCACUGCCCUGACCGGUCCUGUACAGGGCCAGAUGCAGCCUGCUACCCAGCGCCGCCUACCCAAUGGGUACCGCUCUUCAUCACCUUCAACACACCUCCAUGGACCCCCUCAUACUGGACCUCACAAGGUCCCCCCUCCAGCAGUGCAUCCUAGGGGUCCCCGCAAGGGCCUGCAUGAACCCUACAGCGAGACGGAGGAUGACGACUGGUGCUAGCCUCUGGGGAUCGGGGAGGGGUGUAAGGAGAAAAAAAGAAAUGAUAGAUGGACUGAAAGAUGAAGAUGGGAAGCUCUGAGCCUGAGCACUGACUGCCAAGGGAGACAUGAUUCUUUCUUUCUCGCCCGUUUAAUUUUUUCCCUCUCCUUCACUGCUUGGCAUGUCCCAGGGACAGUGGGCUAAGUGAAGGGCCAGGUGUCAGGAAGAAGGGAUGAAACAAGAAUGCUGGGGCAGGAUCUGGAGAAACAAGUGGUGUAAGAAGAGGUAACAAACCACCUCCAUGUUCUGCUUGCAUUGUUGUUGCAUUCAUCUCUUGAUGCCACAUAAGACCAACCUCAAACUGCAGAUUUUAAGGAUGCAAGCAGGAGGGGUAAGGGACACUAGUCUUUGUGUGUCUUAAAUUAUGCCUCUGGCAAUGAGCUACAGCCACUUACAAGAUGUCAAGAGUUGCGACUCGACAAAAGACACUUUCCAGUGAGAGACAAAAGAACGACCACUGUUUUUUUUUCUUUGCUUCUCAUAGCUAACUAAGUAAGUUAGCUACAAAAAGAGUCAAAUCCAACCCUCCCAGCCACCAGUUGAAUAUUGAUGAGUUUUAUCAUCUGUGUUUUUAAAUAAGAACAUGAUGAGCCUUCCACCUGUAUGAGGUGAGAUGGCUAAGUGGGUGGGAGAGUUGGGGAAUGUUGCACGGGGUUGACAAAUCCCUCUGUCAAAAUCUAGAGGACAGAAUGGGUGUGUUGGAGAUGUUUACCCUUGUCCCUGGAAAAAACCCUCGUCCCAGAAAACAAUUUAACCAACCUCAAGCUAUGACCUAUGAGAGAAGAAAAACAAAAAAAUGGAGAUGGGUUUCCGAAACGAAAAACAAACAAACCAAUAACUGUUUUCUGCAGUAUUUCUUCUUCUAUUCCUGCCUCUUCUUCCUGCUUCCUUCCUUCUACUUCUUCAAAACAUUGAAGCUUGAAUCUUCUGUUGCACCUCACACAGCUUCGUUUUUUAGACUUGCGGAGUUGUACACCCUGUGGAAUCCUGCAUGAAUGAUACAAAAAAUAAUAAUAAUAGCAACAAUGAGAAUCUACUGUUUGUGGGGGGGAAUUUUUACUUGUUCAUUUCUGUUGUGGUCUUAAGGGUUUCUCUCUUUUAGUAAAAAUGCCUUUCUGUUUCUCUUUUUCUCUCCCCUCUGUAUGGCAUCCCUCUCUCUAUGCCUUCAUUUACACUGGAAUCAAGUGACAGAAGAUCAUAGGGAGAUUGGAUAGUUACUGUAUCUAUAUCUAGAAGGAACAAAAUGAUUAUUUUUUGCUUGCUUGUUUGUAUGUUCUGUGACAGAUGCCUGCCACUGAUACAGCUGGAAUUGCACAUAUUUUUUGUGGAAGUAACUUUUUUUUUUGCAAAAACGGUGAUAAUCCUAAAAUGAUAUGCUGGGAAGCAGGGUAAAGCUGAAGAAAGAUGUUGUGUCCACAUUGACAAAUCAGUAACAUCUCAAAGUCUUCCAGGGUUUGGGGUUAAAACAGAGACACUAGAGAGAAAGAGACCAACAGAAAGCUGGAGAAAGGAGAUAAACUCUUCAACUUUGUUUUCUUUGUCAUUGACUGUAAUAAUGGAUAAAAAGACAUGUGACGGAUUCUCCAUAUUUGGUCUUAUAUUCUGUUCUGUAUGUUUGUUUUAUAUUGAGCUCAGCUAAUCAUUUUUCCAACCCUGAGGUGGAGCUCUAACCCACAGUUGCAUAGUGGGACAAUGAGUAUACAGGACGGCAAACAUGAAAUUUAUACAGUAUACAAAAUUUAUACAGUGGGUGAAUAUGACUGAAAUUUUCUAGAUUAAAAUUGGUCAAACACUGCAGUUCUACGUGGGUUUCUGCAUUUGAACAGAUAAGUCUACUCUCCUGCAGAUGCUAUAGCAGAGUUCCACCACCACUUGUGACCUUCUAGUGGCGCUGUGUGACAGUGUCCCACUAGUUUUUUGUACCUCUCCCUUCACUUCUGAUUGAGCAUUUUUAUAUACUGUCAGUGGACCACGAAUACAGUUUAGCUCCUUCCUUCACUUGUAGACCACCUUGUUUGUGUUCUACACAAGUAAACACAGAUGACUGAAUGGCACGGUGCAGAUGGGUUGGAGAAAAGAUGUCUGGGCCUCAUCACGGUCAUGGAAAACAUCUAUGUUCUGUGUGUAUCACUCCUGUGUAGCUUUAAUUUCUUUCUGCGUGUUUCUCUGUGUGCCUCAAACUAACACUUGUUAACGCACACCGCUGUCAGUCCCAACUUUAUUAUUAUCAUCAUCAUCAUUAUUAUUAUUAUUAUUAUUGCCAUUUUAUUUAUUUGACCUACAUUUUACCUUGAGGCCUAUCACAUGUUGACCAGAGAAUGCACCGAAAAAAAAACAGAAAAGAAAACAACUGCCUAUUAGUGUCUUUCCAACCUCAGUGGAAUGUCACACACAAGUAUUUUUUUUCGCAUCACUACACUUAAAAUCAGAAAGCACACUAGGUAUGUAGCUCCUGGUUGUGGUAUGCGUGUGUAAGUGGGUUUUUGGGUGUGUGUAUGUCCAUGGAUGAGUAUGUUUCUGAUAAAUUUUGGUGUUUUCUUCUUUUUUUGCCUUCUGAAAUCUUAACAUAUUUGAGUCAAAUCAUUAUAAAUGAUCUUCAACUCAACUGUGUGUUUAUGUGUGUGUGCGCGCGCGUGUAUAUGUGUGUAUGUGAUGUCAGUAAUCCCCUGAAUGAAACAUGCAAAGCUCCCAAACAUUCACCAUCCAUCUUUGUGUCUAUGCUGCAGUGAAUUCCACUAACACGCUGAUUAACCACACAAAGUCUUCAAAAAGCAAUGUAAAGCCGCUACUGAGGAAAAAAAGAAAAAAAAAGAAAAUGUUUUUUAAGUACAAAAGAUUAAAAAAGGAAAAAAUAUCUAGUUCCAGAAAUGCAUGUGCUAUGUGCAUGCCACACCGUGGGUUAACAGUCAUCUUCAGGACAUAAAAGAAAAAGCAGAUUAAUGAAUUCAGAGGAACAAAAAAAAGAUAUAUAAAUAGAUAGAUGUUUUUAAAAAGCAACGUUUCCUUUUUUCCUUCUAUUUUUGAGAACAAAAAAGGUUAAAAAUUACAAAAAAAAAAGUCUAAAGAAUAAAAACACAAAAGAGACUUUGGUGAGAGUCAGUCUCGUUUGUUUUCCUCUGUUACAUGGCGUUGAGGCACAACAAAACCAUGUUCAGGACACCACAAAAAAAGAACUGUUUUUAAUGAAAAAAAAAAUAAAGAAAGAAAAGAAAGUACAGUUCAGCAGACGGUAUAUUCUCCCUUCUACUUUUUGUGGGGGUCAGAGGGUGCAGGAGCUAGCCAAAUCUGAUGAUGUACUCAUUAUAGCUGGCUGUGGAACCUUUUGAUCUCUCACUCACUCCCUCUUUUCUCUUUCUCUAACUCUGUCUCUCUCACACUCUUAUCUGUCGCACUCUCAACCUGUCUCACCGCUAUUUCUACCAGUGCAUUUUGUAAUUCCAAACAGAACUCUUCCUAAAGAAUAAAAUCCAGAGA